AUGGCAAAUCGUGUCGGGUCACUACAUGCCGAAGGGCAGGCACGGGUCCACGUGGGCAAUAAUUACUACGGUUCGAGCGACAUCCUGCCGGCUGUAUAUGAGGCAGCUUUCGACUCUUUUGCCGAGCAGAGCAACGCACAAUGCCAUCCUGACACCCGAAUCGAGCUCCUCCGUCAGAUCAGAGACUGGGCAGAAGAUCCUCACGGUGAGAGCAUCUUCUGGCUGAACGGCAUGGCAGGGACCGGAAAAUCCACCAUCUCCCGCACCGUAGCGAAGGCAUUCGCAGACAACGGCCUCCUCGGCGCAAGCUUCUUCUUCAAAAGAGGUGAAGGAGACCGUGGCAAAGCCACCUUGUUUUUCCCCACCAUUGUCAGUCAGCUUAUGCACAAAAUCCCUACUCUAGCGCCUUUUGUCAGAGACGCUAUCAAUGGCGACCCCGGCGUUGCCAGGAAGGCGCUGCCAGACCAGUUCAAGAAGCUCAUCCUGCAACCUCUUGGCCGCAUUCACCAAGCUAUGUCAAGUCUGAUUGUUGUUGAUGCUCUUGACGAGUGUGACGGAGACAAUGACGUAAAGACCAUCAUCUCCCUGCUAGUACAAGCAAAGACACUGAGCUCCGUGCGACUGAGGAUUUUCAUCACCAGCCGGCCUGAGCUGCCCAUUCGCCUUGGAUUCAUGAACGUUCAGGGAAAGUAUCAGGACCUGGCUCUACACCAAAUACCGGAGCCAAUUGUGGAACGCGAUAUAUCUACAUUCUUAGGACACACACUCGCGAGAAUUAGGAACGAUUACAACAGCCAAGCUCCCGGAGACCUAAUUCUGCCGCCCGACUGGCCUGGCGAACACGUCAUUCGGACUCUCGCUCAGAUGGCCGUUCCAUUGUUCAUUUUUGCCGCAACCGUCUGCCGCUUUGUCGAAGAUCCGGUGUGGUCUGACCCCGCCGGUCAGCUCGAGAAAGUCUUACAGUAUCAGCGGAAGACCCAUGAUUCCGAGCUUGACAAACUCGACGCGACAUAUCUCCCAAUUCUCAACCAGCUCACUGCCGGGCGUGCUGAGCCACAGAGGGGCCGCUUAUUAGCCGAGUUCCGGGAUGUUGUUGGCCCUAUUGUUCUCCUCGCCCAACCGCUCUCAGUGUCGUCGCUCGCACGACUUCUCAUCAUCACUCCUAAAGCUAUAUAUGGCAGGCUCAACUCUCUCCACUCGGUCCUGAGAAUUCCCCCGGAAAUAGAUGCUCCUGUCAGACUCUUUCACCUGUCUUUCCGCGACUUCCUUGUCGAUCCAACCAAACGUGCUGAGGAGUUUUGGAUCGACGAGAUACAACAUCACCGAACGCUUGUGGAUAGAUGUAUUCAACUUAUGCGCCAACACCUCAAGAGAGAUAUCUGCGAUCUGCAAGUGCCGGGGAAACCGCGCUCAGAAAUCGACCAACGAACCGUCGACGCCGCUUUGCCACCCGAAGUCCAGUACGCAUGUCAGUACUGGGUCCACCACUGGAAGGAGAGCAAAGGCAUUGUACGGGAUGACGGCCCGGUCCACAGUUUAUUGAAGAGCCAUCUCCUUUACUGGCUUGAAGCGCUCGCGCUUGUAGGCCGUAUCUCGGAGAGUAUCGGCAUGCCUGGAGAUGCUACCGAAGUAUCUGUAUUUCUCCGCGAUAUAAGACGAUUCGUUCUAAGCAGUCUAUCGAUUAUUGAUACUGUACCUCUUCAGGUAUACGCUUCAGCACUUGUGUUCAGCCCUGUCCGCAGCAUAACCAGAGAGUUGUUUAAACAUGAGGAACUGGAAUGGAUUACCACCGCACCGGCUGUAGAAGAUGAGUGGGGUCCAUGCGCGCAGACGCUCGAGGGGCAUAGCGGCUGGGUCAGCUCAGUCUCGUUCUCGCCCGAUUCAAGGCUCGUCGCCUCAGGAUCAGACGACAAGACU